AUGUGGGCGAUAAGCGUCCUUGAUUGUGUUGGGCUCAUUCGAUCCUGCUCCACCCUCGCGCAAGCGCUGGAAACCGAUGCCGCGGUUGGGUCCAUCCAGGAGCGCCUGCCCACCCACACUCGCACAUAUCUCUCCAAUCUUUUGCUCCAAAUGUAUGGGCGUUGCGGCAGCCUCGAUCGAGCUCGGCGCGUCUUUGAUCGGAUCCACCCCAGGGAUGGCUUCUCGCUCAAUCUCAUGAUCACGGCGUGUGCCCAGAAUGGCGAUCUGGACCAGGGGCUGGCUGUGUUCUGGGAGGCACCGGAGAGGGAUCUCGUCGCGUGGAAUUCGAUCCUGAGUGCGUGUGUCAUGGCCGGGGAACUUGGCACUGCUCAAGAGCUGUUCGAUCAGAUGCCCCAGAGGGACGCCAUUUCCUGGAGCGUGAUGCUCUUGGCACAUGCCCAAUAUGGGCAUCUUGAGGAGGCAAAACGUUUGUUUGAUUUUGCUCCUUGCCGCGACAUGGUUUCCUGGACGACAAUGCUCUCGGCAUAUUCCAAGAGCUCUAACUUCGAGCAAGCCAAGAUGUUGUUUGAUGCGAUGCCGCUGUGGGAUCUUGUUUCUUGGAAUGCUGUGCUUUCAGCUUCUGCCCACAAUGAGCAUCUAGAAGAUUCGUAUAGUAUCUUUGAUGUGAUGCCCGAGAGAGAUUUGUUUUCAUGGCACACUAUGAUUGCCAUCUUUUCCCAGCAAGGGUGCGUUGACAAGGCAAAACGUCUGUUUGACUCAAUGCCCGCUAGAGAUCUCGUGUCGUUGACCACAAUGCUUACUGCAUAUGCCGAGAACGGGGAUCUUGUCAGCGCAAAGACCAUCUUUGACUCCAUGCCUCAAAGAAACCUCGUCUCGUGGAAUGCCAUGGUCGCUGCCUACACUCACAAAGGACUGCUAGAAGAUGCCGGGGGUCUUCUACGUCAGAUGCCAGCCGUGGAUUUCUUCACACUCACUGCUUUGCUCGUGGGCUACGCCGCCAAAGGAAAGCUCGAGGAAUCAAAGUGCGUUUUCGAUUCCAUGCCCGACUUUGAUCUCGCAUCCUGGAAUGCUAUGCUUUUGACUUACGUCCGCAAUGGAUGCUACACCGACGCUGAGAGCCUUUUCAACAAAAUGCCCGAGAAAAACUCCAUCUCCUGGAGCACAAUGCUGUUUGCGCAUGCCCAGAGUGGAAGGAUGGACAGAGCAAAGAACCUGUUCGACCGUGAAAUCUCAAAUAAGGAUCCAGCGUCGUGGAAUGCUUUGCUCGCGGGGUAUGCCAACAAUGGUCAUCUCUCCCUAGCGAAAUCCUGCUUUGGUCAUAUGCCGCAAAGAGAUCUAGUGUCCUGGAACUCGCUGCUCGCUGUGUAUGCUCGAAAUGGACUCGACAACCUAGAUCUCUUCAGAGCCAUGCUGAUAGAAGGCAUACCACCGGACGAAUCGUCUUUCACGUCGGUUCUAUCGGGCCACAGUGGCGAUCUCCAGCUCUCGUGGUCUCAUUUCACGUCCAUGGUUUCCAACUUUCGGCUCGCUCCCUCGAAGCAACAGUAUGGCUGUAUCCUCGCAGUCCUCGCUCGCUGUGGCUACUUCCAGCAAGCCGAGGAGCUCAUAAGAAGCAUGCCCUUUCUCGCUGACUCGAGAGACUGGCUCUCGGUACUGGGCGCUUGUCGGCAAGAUCACAGCGCUAGUGCAAACUUUCGAGCUGCGGGACAAGCGUGGAGGAUCGAUCCCCAUGACUCAGCUCCUUAUGUUUUGCUUGCUACAACUCGGGAAGUUUGA